AUGACAAUACGUUAUGAAUGGUGGUUGCAGGAGACGGCGCCGCUGCUGGGCGUGCUAGGGCCGGGAGCCAGCGCCGCCGCCGUGCAGGUGCAGAACCUGCUGCAGCUCUUCUCCAUCCCGCAGGUGUCAUAUUCAGCGACGUCGCGCGAGCUGUCGGAUCGCGCGCGUUUCGCGACGUUCUUCCGCGUGGUGCCGUCCGAUCGGCACCAGGCGCGCCUGCUGGUGGCGCUGCUGCGCGCGCACAACUGGACCUACGUGCACGCCGUGCACACAGAUGGUGUGUAG